ACUAGCCUGGAAUGUCUAACGAAGUCUUAAACUUCAAUAUCUCCACCUAUUUCAAAAGAUACAAGGUGUCUUACAUCCCACUCCUUAAACAGUAAUGUCAGACACAGAAUUGGAUGUUGAACAACCUAAGCUUUGAGGAAGUGGUAAGCCGGAACAUUUAAUUACUGGCAAUGGAGGCGCUGAUAGAAAAAUGUACUUCAGAGAAAAAUACACAAGAUAAUUGGGAUCUAAUCUUAGAAGUAUGUGAAAAUUACGCCAGUAAAGAUCCGAAAACUUGUGUAAAAACUAUCUGUAAACGUAUAUUUCAUAAAAAUCCAAAUGUAUCUCUUCGUGCAAUAACAUUGUUAGACGCAUGCAGUCAAAACUGUGGUAAAACAUUUAAUCGUGAACUUGCUUCAAAAGAUUUCUGUCAAACGAUAAAGAAGAAUUUUUCGACUUUACAACGUAUUCCAAGUCUGAAAUUGAUUGAAAUAUUUAAACGAUGGGCGGAUGAGUUUAAAAGUGACUCAGAAUUAGCUCUAGCAGCUAGUUUUUACAGUUGGGCUAAUAAUGAACAUGUGGAUCUUGUAAAACAAGUGAUGGAAGAAAAACAGUUAACUAAACUUGGUCAAUCACGUCAACUUGUGGCUCAGUUACAGGCGAAAGAAGAAAAGGAUCUAGCUGAAGCAAUCGCUUUGUCAUUAAAAGAGACUACCGGCGCUUCUACAGUCUCGCGUUCAAACAAUCCACCUGUCGCCAGUAGUUCAUCAAAUGAAAAGUCAAGUUUGUAUCCAACACGUGCUCAACUUUCAUUCAACAUUGCUAGUGCUGCUGGUGGCGCUACCGCUGCUGGAUCCUCUUCAAGUUACUUAACAUCACCUACUGCUCCUAAGACAGUGACGCGUAAUUCUAAACGUUAUGUCAAAGCUCUGUAUGAUUUUGAAGCAGCUGAAGACAAUGAAUUAACCUUUAAAGCUGGUGAACUAAUCCUCCUCUUAGAUGAUUCUGAUGAAAAUUGGUGGCUUGGCAGUAAUCAUCGUGGGGAAGGCCUGUUUCCAGCACAAUUUGUAAAACAACUAUCAGACACAGAUAACGAUGAUGAUGAUAAGAAGGUUAGUCAGUCAACCUCCAGUGAUGCGAAUCAUCAAAAGUCAACGAAAAUUCUUCCUCAACAGUUGGAUGAACGAAAAAUCGAUGAAUGCCUACGACUGAUUACAACUGUUGAUCCAACUGGAGAAUUUCUCCAAGAUCCACCAGAGUUGAAACAACUUGAAGCAGAGUGUACAGCAAUGCUGCCGCUUGUUGAUCCAGAAUUGAAAUUAAUCGAUAAACAGAUGAUAAUGCUUACUGAAUUGAAUCAACGUCUAGUGGAUGCUUUUCAGUUGUAUCAUGACAUUAUGUCACAUCAGAAUGCUUCUACUGCAAAUGCCUAUUAUGCUACUGCUAAUACUCCUGCUACUGGGAUGAUGAAACCGCCACCGCCCCCAGUAAUGUAUAUGCCGAAUUCUGCCAACAUGUUUCCAUAUUCACAACCUGUAGGCAUACCUCCUAAUAAUUAUGUAGUCAAUUCUUCGAAUACUCUCCCUAUGAACUUUGCACAUAUGUGCGGCAGUUCAAGUCUCCACACUCCAUGUAGCACACAAAGCAAGAGAAGAAAGUGGAAGAAAUGCAUAAUAGAGACACGAGUUCAUAGCUCAAAGGAUAAAUCAAUUACUUCUAACUUGCAGACAGAACGCCUUGCUUAUGUGAGAGUAACCAGAAGCUUCAAAUCUAGAUCAGACUAAACAAGGUUUCCUGCUGUGAUAUCUCCUCCAACUAUCGAAAAUCCAUUCAAGGUGCAUUAUCGUGCUAGCCAAUUAUCAUUGACGCCAAUUGAUAACCACAUUGCAAAGUUCACCGAUAGAAUUAAUUUUCAAAAGUUUGUUUUUCCAAGAAUUUGAUUUGUUUCAACCACUGAAAACAGGGGUGUACUGGAGACGCAGUUUCAUCCUAGUUCCGUACUCUUCAUCGGUACGCAUCUUCUGGACUUCGAAUCCGAGACCUUGUGGGUACACAGCGACCUCGUAGACCAUUCAGCUACUGGGACCCAUGAAUUCCAACUUCUGUCCAUUUAUGAGGUAUGUAGCGCAAUCGCCAGCCAAUGUCAUAGGCGAUUUGGUGACCCUGUUGGUUACGACUUCUCGCUAGAGGCCCAGGUAACUUCCUGUGCGGAGCCAGUCACUAGCGUGUAUCAGAUUAAUGGUCAAAUGUUGCUUUACAGAGAUCUAAUUGGUUGUGAAGACUGGCAGUAGUCUUAAUUCAUAGGCCGUUGAAUAACAUCUCAUUAGCGGAAUAGUCUACAAGUUCGCCUUGUAACUAGAAGAUCCUUGAUCCGAAGUUUUGGGCUGUGUUUGCCGAUGAAGAGUGCAGAAUUAAGGUGAAACAGCUGUCUAGCAGUAUUAUCCACUUUUUCUAUGGUUCUCUAACUAAAGUUAGUCUGUGAUCAAACCAGUGAGUAAUCAAAUACCUGCUGACUAACAUUCGAUAAAGUGUUUUUUCUUCUAUUUGUGAGUAAUUAGAAGAAAUUUAAUUCAACACCAAAGCGUUAUCCACUAGACCACUUGGGUCACAAGAGAACCACCUUUUGUGCAACAGGUCAUAUUAAUUGCGGAGGGGGGGGGUUGGACGACGAAAACUUCUCAAUUAAAUCAUCUAGGUCCGUAGAGAACACAACUAAAUCAAACGCAUUCAAUUGAGCUGUACAAAUCUUCUCGAUUAUUUGAUUAUAUAUGUUAUUUUGUAUGCAUAUUUUUCCCCAGAACGGAUCGAAUAUGCCUUCUGAAUCGAAUGGUGGAACCAUGAUGAUGCCUCCAUCCGACACACAAUCUGUGGCAACUGGUAUUUAUGCAAAUCCACAAACAGAAAAUUAUUCUGUUGGUGGUGGUAAUAUGGUACAGAAUAAUGUACCAGUGAAUCCAAUCCCUCAACAAUUCAUGCUACAACGACCUCCUUAUGGUAUGAAUCAGGCGGCGGCACCGGCAGCAUUACCACCCAAUGUUCCUCCACAGCAAAUGCCUUCCUAUCCACCGCCGGCUGCAAAUCUCUAUGGAGGUGAACACAGAGAAAACAGACGUAGGUGAUGAAGAUUCCUGGCCAAAAGCAACAGACAACAAUCAUCAGGAAUGGGAGAAAUUUGAAAAAAGCAACCUCCUUUACCUGCCUACUUGGGAAGGAUCGUUUCAACUACAGGUGGCGGAACUAACGAGGAUAUCAAAGCCAGAAUCGGAAAAGCAAGACAAGCUUUCAUUACUCUCAAAUCUGUGUGGAGGUCAACAGCACUCAGCAUGAAAAAUGAGAUCCGGAUUUUCAACUCCAAUGUGAAGUCAGUGCUACUUUAUGGAUCAGAGACAUGACACGUCCUGAAGAGCAUCUCAAACAAACUACAGACCUUCAUUAACAGUUGUCUUCGCUCAAUACUCAAGAUCAGAUGGCCGGCCAGAAAAG